AUGCCUCGUCGUGAAUUUCCCGUCGAGUAUCCCGCUUAUCUGAAGAAACGCAUCGAGGAGAGCGCCACCAUCUGGGGUGUUCCUCCAGGUCGCGUCGAGAAGAUGAUCGAGGAGGAGGGCAAGAAGAUUGGCAGCCCGGUGCAGCGUAGACCACCCCAUACAGCAGACGCCGCGGCUGACACGCAAGUCGAUGGCCACAAUUCUACCCCACCACAAACCCUUGAGCGAGAAGCUGAACGCUCAGUGCAUGGCGCCGGCUUGCCGGUCGCCGGACAGCCUGCCAGUGCUGCAAAAUUCCCUGCCGGUCACGCGAAUAAUCCAAUUGACUUGACAGGCGAGGGUGAACAUGAGAGCAAUGACCCUGGCGACUCUACUAUUGCCCCCAAACUUAGCUCUCGUGAAUGUGAGGACGGAAAAGGUCACACUAUGGAAGACCUCACCCAGGUCCCCAAAGAGAUCUCGCAGUCGGCUGUCCCAAAAUCAGUUGUUAAGACUACUGCCAAACUCCGGCGACGUGCUGCUGUUGAUGAGAAUACUGGGGGGGUGUUUGCUCCGAAGCCACGUCGCGCACCUGUUCAAUGCCUUCGGGGAGGUCCUGUCGUAGUCAGUGGCCCCGAUAAUUCUAGCCACCUUUCUGGUGAUCGCCUGACCCAGCCACGAUCUCCGACUAAGCAGUCUAUAGAUGGAAACACGAUCCAGAUCUCGAAAACUCGUAAGCGCGGGGCUGCCGACUCACCAAAUGGCGCUCGAGGAUCAGAACCAAAACGGAUGAAAGAAACUUCGGAAUGCGUGCCUGGACAUGUGCGGAAUGAAGACAUGAAAGCUGCUGGCAUUGAUGAACUAAAUGGUACUGUCCAAAAGGCUAUGAUUGGUCAUGAGCCAGAUGCCAUUCCCUCCGAGGACUGUGACAGCGAUUUAGAUUCACUGUUUGAGGAUGACGACGCAGAGGCAAUCAACAAUGACCAUCCCGAUACGGUGCCUGUCGAAGGUACCGCCGGUGAAGUUCUGACCCAUCAAGCCGAUCAUAUAGGCAGCUCCGACGCACAUGCCGAUAUCCCCCGUAACGGUUCACCCGUAGCUGAGACAUCCGAGGAAGAAGCUUCAACGCAAUCUUGCCCCACCUAUGCUUCCGGUCACAUCUUACCUGUCCACGACAGAUUCACCCCAGCGAACCUUGCUAAAGAUAAGGGUUUGGCCGAAUGGUGCAAAACUCGCAAACCGCAGUACCAAGACUUCUGCAAUCAAGAGGAGUUUCAUCGCCAAGCUCCAAAUACAUAUCGGCCCUGCAACAGGUAUCGAUGCGGAAUGACACACGAGGAUCAAAUGGAGCACUCUACUUCGGACGCCUACAAGGCCUUUCACUUGGAGACUUAUGGAGUGCCUGUUGAUGAGAACAAGCCGUUCGGUGAUUUAGAUAGCGCUGUGCGCAAUGGGAAGCACAACAGCGCAGAGAAAAAGAGCACGGCUGGCACAAAGCCAAAGGAUACACAGGAACAGAAGCCUACAGGUGCCAAACCAACAAUGGUUCCUAACAAGCUUUUCGUCAAGGUCACCCAGGGCAAAGCCAAGCCUUCCAAGCGAAACAUCAACGGGCUCAACCCCAAUCAAGUCCUGACGCGCCACAAACGGGCAACUGGUCGUCCUUAG